AUGGAGACCCAUAUUCAUAACCAUGAAUUUCAAUCCGCCAAUAGAGGAGGAUCACAUACAAUUAUACCUAAACAACCGGGAUACAAAUUUAUCCCUAGUGAUGAACUACUUAUUGGAUAUUACCUGAGGAGGAAGCUUGCCAAUCUGCGUUUACCACAUAAUCGCAUCUUUGAAGUUGAACUAUAUGAUUGGAUUCCAAAAGACCUUUCAGUGGAAUACAAAAGGCGUGGAGAAAAAGAAUGCUAUUUUUUCACUUCAAGAGUAAGAAAAUACAAAAAUGGAAAUAGACCAAAUAGAGCCUGCAAAGUUGGAGGAUAUUGGAAGGCCAGCGGAGCUGAUAAGCCUGUUAUAGAUAGAGACAGUAACAAUAGCCUUAUUGGAUACAAAAAGGCUUUGGUUUUCUACGAAGGAAAACCUCCAAAUGGUACAAAGACUAAAUGGAUUAUGCACGAAUUUAGAGUCAGUGAACCUCCUCCGUGUACCCGUACGGGUCCUAAUGACAUGAAGUUGGAUGAUUGGGUUCUUUGUAAACUUUAUGAGAAUAUGGCUGCUGAAGAAGAAUCAGAAUCUGGUGAAGAUGAGGAAGAUCAAGAACUUCCAUCUCUUUUGAAUGUGGGUAAUAAUGAAGAAGAGUAUCCAGAGUAUGAAGAAAUUAUUGCUCCGCCAAUUUGUAACUACAACACCAACUUUGUGCAGAUGGAUUAUUGUAACAAUGGUGUAACACAUUUGGAUAAUCUAGUUCAUAUAGAGAAUGAUCAACUUCCAGUGCUAGACAACCAAUUAGCAACGGAUCAUAACCUCCAGCCUCAAAAAGUGGAUAAUGGAAGUCAGGAAACAUUGCAGCAACCAGCUAAUUUGAUAAAUUGCAAUAACUAUCUUGAAAUGGGAAAUCUAUACGCAGCCGCUGUCUCAUUAGUGGCCCAACCAACUUUCAAUGAGGUCCAUCCCAAUAGCAUAUUCAAGUCCAAAUAUCUACGUGAUCAAUCAAUGAGCCUCCCAGAAGACAACCAAAAUGGAUUUUUUUAA